CAGCCAUUAAGCAUAUUAGUAAUGGUUUUGCUUAAAAGCUCAUAAGCGAUUUGCAGAGCCAAGUUGCAUUGCCAUCGCGCUUCGGAAGAAAUCACAGCUUGACGCCAUGGCCCCAAAUUUCGACCUCAGGGAUCGUGUAGUUGUCAUUACCGGUGGUUCUGGAGGCAUUGGCUUCGCGACAGCUCAACUCCUCCUCUCACAAGGUGCAAAAGUCUCAAUAGCAGAUGUUUCAGAUGCUGCACUAAGAAAAGCUGUUGCCAUGCUUGAAGGCGAGCAGCAUCCAGGUCAACUCUAUUCCCAAGUCGUAGAUGUGAGGAAACCCGAUGAAGUCAACGAUUGGAUCAAGAAAACAGUGAAAAAAUUUGGAAAGCUUGAUGGCGCAUGCAACCUUGCUGGUGUCAUUCCAAAAGGGAUCAACAAGGACACGAUUGAAACUAUGCCGGACGACGAGUGGCACUUUGUGAUUGAUGUAAAUCUACAUGGAGUCAUGCACUGCAUGAGGGCCCAAAUUCAAAAUAUGAACAACGAGGGUUCAAUCGUCAAUGCAAGCUCAAUAGCUGGAAUAAUGGGAUUCCCAAAAAAUGCGGCUUACACGGCCUCGAAACACGCUGUCAUUGGUCUCUCUCGAUCUGCCGCAAAAGAGGUUGGUGAUCGUUUUAUUAGGGUAAAUUGUAUAUCGCCUGGAAUAAUUGAUACUCCAAUGCACCAAGCAUCUAAUAAGUCGAGAGGUGGCGAUCCUUCACAACUAAGAUGGCAAAUUGCACGCAAAGGAAAGGCAGAAGAAGUUGCUGCCCUUAUCAAUUGGCUAUUAUCACCGUAUUCUAAAUAUAUAACUGGAUCAAUCCAAACCAUUGAUGGUGGCUGGACUUCCUAGUUUAUACUAAGUAUCCUAUUUGAGCUUAUUAUCAUAGUGAAUAUAUUGG